AUGGCAGAAUCGUCCAGUGAUUCAGACCACUUCGGUUGUCGUGACCGAUUGAGUCGAUGGGCUGCCAGAUCAAUUUACAGGGGAACUCGAAGUCAUCCUACAGUAGAUGUCACCGAGAAGGUCAACACCAUAACAAGUACUUUACAGGAUACAAGUCGGAACCUGCGACAAAUGGACCAGAUGCUUGGACGAUAUCGUGAAUAUAGUGACAGACAGGCGGGUGCAAUAGAACACUUAAAAGAAAGCUUGGAACAGUCAAUAGAUCAUCUGCGGAGUCAACGUUUAUUGAGAAACUCAGGGGGGAGGAGUGUUUCUGCUACAAGUCUGACUGCAAGUGACCUCGAUGGUGGCACUGUGACAGAGAGCCAUCGUUUUCCACCUACCUCACCUCUGAAGGACUAUGGGGAUCCACAGAGUAUUAAACGAAUUAGAUCCAGAACUGGUGUCCGGUUUGUUCGGGAGACUGAUGAUGUAGUCCAGCUUCAUGCUUUUCAUCAGUCCCUCCGAGACCUCAGCAGUGAACAAGUUCGCCUUGGUGAUGAUUUCAAUAAGGAACUUUCCAGAAGAAGCCGGUCAGAUGCCAAAACAAAAAGGGCUCUGGAAGAAUUGACUGAAAAAGUUCAUGAAGUUCAGAAGCAAGAAGUGGUUUCAGAUCGGGUAGAGCGGCGGCUUCAGGAAAUAGAAAGAGAGAUGCGUACAGAAAGAGAGCUGGUGGAAAGACGUCAGGAUCAACUGGGGCUCAUGUCCUUGCAGCUACAGGAGGCACUGAAGAAACAAGAAGCUAAAGCAGAUGAGAAUGAGGGAGUAAUAAAAAAUAAGCUAAAACAAACUGAAACUGAGAAGAAUCAACUUGAACAGGAAUUGGAGCUAUCUCGAAGGUUAUUGAAUCAAUCAGAGGGCAGCAGAGAAACACUUUUGCAUCAGGUAGAAGAACUACGUACACAACUUACCAAAGCAGAAGGUGAUCGAAAAGGUUUACAGCAUCAAGUAUCUCAGAUUUCCAAGCAACAAUCAAACCAUCAGGAUAAGCAAGGAGAUGAUUGGAGGUUUAGGAGAGGGGUUGAGCGGGAAAACCAGGAUCUGGAGCAACAGAUGUCAGAUUUAAGAGUGCAGCUGAACUUCAGCGCAAUGGCAUCUGAAUUAGAGGAAGUGAAGCGGUGCAUGGAGCGAAAAGACAAGGAGAAAGCACAUUUGGCAGUACAAAUAGAGAAUUUAACACGUGAAUUGGAGAACAGGGAAAAACAGCAACUUCAGAUGUUGGAUCAACUUAAGGAGAUCCAGAGUCACUUUGACACAUGUGAGGCAGAGCGAAGGCGUGCUGACCUCCAGAUCUCAGAGCUGACUCACCAUGCGGAAGAUGCCACUAAGCAGGCCGAGCACUACCUCAAUGAGUUCCAGCAGUCAGAGGCCCUGAGAGAGGAGGCAGAGAAGAGGAGAGAAGACUUGAAACUGAAAGCUCAAGAAUCUAUUAGGCAGUGGAAGCUUAAGCACAAGAAAUUAGAGCGAACAUUGGAGAAACAGUCAGAAACUCUUGAUGAGCUAACAGACAAGAAUAAUCAGAUUCUAAAAGAAAAGGAUGAAUUGAAAAGUCAACUUUAUGCCGCAUUACAACAAAUAGAGAGUCUUAGAAAGGAAUUGAAUGAUGUCCUAACCAAACGUGCUCUUCAAGAGGAGGAGCUUCACCGUAAGGAGGAAAAACUAAGUGAUAUUAAGUCUCAUCAAGCUGACCUCGAACUAGAAGUCAGAAAUUCUCUGGACACCAUUCAUAGGCUAGAAAGUGAAUUGAAAAAGCAGAGUAAGAUUCAAGACCAGCUGAGAGUCGAGAAAGCUCACCUGGAGGAGGAAAUUGCAGAGCUAAAGAAGAGCCAGGCCCAGGACAAAGCUAAACUUCUUGAGAUGCAAGAGUCCAUCAAGGAUCUUAGCGCCAUCAGAGCAGAUCUUGCUAAUAAAUUGGCGGAGGAAGAGAGAGCUAAGAAAGCGGUGCUUAAGGACCUUUCUGACCUCACAGCACAGGUGAAAUCUAGGGAUGAAGAAGAAGCUACGGCCAUCACACAGUUAAAACUAGAACGAGAUGUUCACCAGAGGGAGCUGAAAGAUCUCACGUCAUCAUUGCAGAGUGUGAAAAUGAAACACGAGCAAAAUAUCCAGGAGCUGAUGAAGCACUUUAAGAAAGAAAAGAGUGAGGCUGAGGACCAUAUUAGGACACUGAAGGCUGAAAGCCUAGAAGAUAAGAAUAUGGCUAAAGCCCAUCGUUGUCAGCUAGAGAAUUUGAAAUUACAGUGUGACAGGCUGACUGAAGAAUUAACCCAGAAUGAAAGUGAGAACAAAAAACUGAAGCUAAAAUAUCAGUGUUUGAAGGACCAACUAGAAGAAAAGGAGAAACAUAUAAGCAAUGAAGAAGAGCACUUAAGGAGGAUGGAAGAGGCCAGAUUGCAGCUCAAGGAUCAACUUCUUUGUCUGGAGACUGAACAGGAAUCUAUUCUUAGUGUGAUAGGAAAGGAAAUUGAUGCAGCUUGUAAAACCUUUUCUAGGGACUCAAUGGAGAAAUUGAAAGUUUUUUCAUCUGGUCCUGAAAUACAUUAUGACCCACAUCGCUGGUUAGCAGAAAGCAAGACUAAACUUCAGUGGCUCUGUGAGGAACUGAAAGAGAGAGAGAACAAAGAGAAAAAUCUGCGACACCAGCUGAUGCUCUGCAGAGGACAACUCAGGGAUCUGACCGAAAACAAGCAAUCUGAGCUCCAGGAUCUCUUUGAACAGAUAGAAAGGCAGGAGAAGCUUCUGGAAGAAAUACAUCAGGAGAAGAGAGAUCUGCUGGAAGAGUCCCAAAGAAAAGAUGAAGAAAUGGAAUCUCUGCAGGACCGUGUAAUUGCAUUAGAAACGAGUACCCGAGUGGCCUUGGACCAUCUGGAGUCUGUGCCUGAAAAACUGAGCCUACUAGACGAUUUCAAAGACUUCAGAGAUUCCCGCAGUUUAUCCGACAGAAUUGAUGAGAGAUAUUCUAAAUAUAGAGUUCACGGAGAUUCUCUUCAGCAGCGCCGAGAUGACACCAAGUACAGAAUCAAAAGCUUCAAAGAUGACAGAAACUUUGCUGAAGGUUCCCACACACGUGGGUUAGAUCACUCAUCCUCUUGGCAGGAUCACAGACACUUCCUGUCUAGUCCACGAUUUUCACACUUGAACUCAUUUACCAAACGAACUAUUGCUCCAGAUUCAGCUUCCCUCAAGGAAGAUGCCACAAGUUCACCAAUGAAUGGAAGAAGUCCACAAUCCAAAAAGGCGGAAUAUGAGAGCCAGAAAAUCAAAAUGUAAUUAGUUACUUUACACAAGUGUUUUACACAGAACAGCACAUCUAUUCAUGCAGUUUGGCCCAAAUUAUUCAACAGACAUACCUGCAGCUUCAGCUCCUCAACGUUCGGUA